UGCUCCAGGGAGCUGAAAUUCCAGGGACACACCCGGACAGCUGAGUGCACUGCCCUGUGACCGUGACAGGACAGAUGGAUCUAUAAGCAUGGAGGUUAAACAAGCUCACACACACUCAGUGUUGUCGAUAAAAUGAGAACGACCUCAUUCGUCUGUCUUCACCUGGCUUUCCUCCCCAAUCUUAAUAGUGACUCGUAACACCAUUACCCUGCAGAAACCCCCGGUUUGAAUGACAUCAUAGCCUGACAUUACAGAGACUGUGGCCUGACAUGAGUCUGUCUGAAGUGGCUGCGCAGUAAACGAGCAGUUGGGGAGGGAGGCAGGCAGAUGAUCGAGGCUAUCUGGUUCAUCUGAGUAGAGAUGGCUGCAUUCCUCCAAUCUGUGAUAAGAGCGACAGACUGAAAGGAAUAUUUCGGCGGAAGGAGGGGGUUGAUCUUCACCGGCGAUAAGAGCUGUUCUUACUGUAAUAUAGCCUCGGUCUAUUUAGUUUAAGGAGGCUGAAAUACUGGAAAUGUCUACAAGCAUUUGCUUAUGGCCUAGAGAGAGAGAAAUCUGAUAAAAAUGUCACUAUCAAUAAUUGGCCUUCACUGUUCUUUUAUUUGGCUGUAACACUAAAUGAUACAAGGCUUACAAGAUAAAGAACACAAAGUAUACUGACAUCUGUUGAGGCAGGAUUAAAAAAUAACACUCGUGACUUCUAUGUCAAUUAAAAACAAUAAUGCAUGAUUGAAAUUUCCAUUUGUGAAUAAAACAUCUGCCAAACAACAAAGAAAAGCAUUUUAAAUAGAACAUUGUGUUCAGUUUGCACACAAAUCGAUGAUGAAAUUAUUUCCAAAGAAACAGAUAAUGAAAUCAAACCUCUCCUCUUCCUGCUGGACGACCUCCAUGAGACCAUUGGCCCUGCAUUCAUCGACCAAUCGGCUCGUCGGAGGGGAAAAAUACUAGAAAAGGCUACAACGGUGGAGCGCGCAUCGCGCAGGGUUGCGCACACAGAAGACGUAGCUGCGACACAGGCGAAGCGAGGACGCGACUACGGCCGAGAGGAUGCAGUGAAAGGGCGUCAGUUUCCCAGCUAAUUUACAGCCGGGCGUCAGGGCAGCUAGAAUAAAAUAACAUCGAAAUGAGCGUGAUUCCGGCUGGGCACGACGGCAGGGUGGACGGCGGCAGAGGCAGCCUCACCGACAGCGGCGGCGGCGGCUCCCCGAAGCUCCAGCAGUGCGCUCAGCCUCCCAACAGCAGCAGCAGCCGGACCAAAGAUGCCAGAUACCACCAGCAGCAGCAGCAGCAGCAGCAGCAGCUCCAGCAGCAGAGGCAUCAUGGUGGGUCGAUGUGGAAACAACCAUCCCACAACGAGCCAGCCGACGUCGUGAGGCGGGCGCUGGACUUCAAGUGCCAAGGUACCCAGUGCUAUAAGGAUAAGAAGUACCGAGAGGCGAUCGGCAAGUAUCACCGCGCUCUGCUGGAGAUCAAGGGGCUGUGCAGGGUGCUGGGGGAUCCGGACACCAGCUCCAAGUCCCCGUCCUCCCUCCUGCCGACCAUCAGCAAGUCCACCACGCUGACAGAUGAGCAGAAGGGGGCCAUGGAGAAUGCAGAGCUGGAGUGUUACAACAGCUUGGCCGCCUGUCUUUUACAAAUGGAGCUGGUGAACUAUGAGCGAGUGAAGGAAUACUGUCUGAAAGUGCUGCACAAGGAGGGAAAGAACUUCAAAGCUCUCUAUCGAUCCGGAGUGGCCUACUACCACCUAGGAGACUUCCAGAAGGCCCUGCACUAUCUGAAGGAGUCGCACAAACAGGAGCCAUCAGACACCAAUGUCAUCCGCUACAUCCAGCUGACAGAGAUGAAGAUUCGCCGGAAUGCCCAAAGGGAAAAGAAAGAGGCGACAUAAGCACUCUGAUGUCUGAUGACUUCUCACCCGUCAUAAAUUUCAGCCCUACUGUGUGCCACCCAGACCUUACACAUGAGUCAGAGGUCUUGGUGUGAAGCGAUGUUAUGUUUGCCUUUGCUUUGCACAGCAUCUGGUUGCCAGUUAUGUGAUUGAGCUUCCCCGUUGUGUGCUUGAAGCAUUUCUUUUUUUUUUUUUUUUUAAAUUGUACCAGAUAUUGAGUUUCUGUCUCCAAACCACUAAACUUAUCUAGUAUGAAUCGAUCCCAAGUAUGUUUUAACCAUUACAAACUGAUGCACUGCCAGUCCAAACAUUGCACAUACAGGCCCAACACUUGUGAUAGAGACAGGAGCAACAAGGUCCGUAGAGUGAAUCCAGCAAGUCUGCAGGCAAGUGUAACUGUAAAUUAGCACCUGCCCUCGCACAAGAUGUCUUUUGAAUGGCAUGGAGCAAGUGAGUAACAACCACCUACACUUGUGUCACCAUACUUUGAUUUUGAAAGUACUACAAAAGAUCGAGAUUUUUUUUAUACUUUCAACUAUAUCUUAAUAAAGGUGCUUUCUCUAAGUAGGUUUCUACUUUAAAAUGCAUAGGGAAGGACAUCAAGAGCACAUGGUUGCUAAUUGCAGUAUGAAUUUAAGAGACAUAUCACAAAAUGUAAAUAGGCUACUUUAUAGAAAUGACAAGAAAAUAUUAUGGAGAGUCAAGCUACUUGUGUUUAUUAAUGCCAAAACGAAGCACUUCAUCCACAGCAUUUACUGUAUCAACAAAUACUGUGUGUUUACUGUAAAGGUAUGCGUAAUAAAUGUGUCUAUUGAUUGAAAUAUUUUCUUGUGGCGCUGCAGCAGUGGAUUUCCCUUCAGUUUUUAACUUUCAUCUUCAUGAUAUUCCUCAUAAGCUAAAAUAGAUCUAUGGAGAGAUGCUGAUGAAAGCACAUGUGUAAAUAAACAAGUGAACUGAAGCCGA